CUGAGGAAACUGUUUAAAUCAGGAAGCGGAAGUUCCGGUCCCAGUGUUAGCCACAGAGACAGACAGACGUGCUCCUGGUCCUGGUCCUGAUCUCGGUUCUGGCUCUGUGGGCUGAGGAGGAAGACGCAGCUGCAGCGGCUCCAGGUGAAGAUGGCGUCUGCCUCAGCGGUUGGAGACAGGGAGGUGUUUCUGCUGUUGGAGGAGUACUGCUGCAGGAGGAGGAGGUCAGAGCAGGAACUACAGCCUACUGAGUGUACAGCCCCCCCCUCGCCCCACCCCUUCUCCUCCAUCUUCUCCACCUACGUUCCCUACAUCCAGUUACGAGCUGGAGGUCGUCUGCGCUCCAGUGUGAGCAGAGUUUUCUCUGACAGCUCUGAGGAGGAACACGAUGAAGUCAGUAACCUGAGUACAGUGGUGGACCGGCUGGUGCAGAUCACAGACUCAGCUCCGGUCCCUGAAGUGGUCGUGGAAAACCAGGAUGAGAUCAUUCAGAAGCUAGUGGACCUAAUGAUAACAUUUGGAGACAACAUCAAUGAGAGGAUCAGACAGAGCACCGUCCUCCAGCGGCAGCUCUCUGACUUCACCUAUGACGCCUUUGAGAAGCUGACCUCCAGCGUACAGAACCUGCUGGACCGGACUCGGGCCGCGCCCUCCGAGGACUCGGAGGAGCGGAUCCAGCAGCGGAGGAUCGCCUGGGCCUUCGAGGUGACGAGCCGGCUGUCGGCCACAGGUGUGAUCCAGAGGAGGAGGAUGCUGAGCUUCGGAGAGAGAUACAUCCAACAGCACCACUCUGCCUGGGUGCUGCAGCACGGAGGCUGGGAGGAGGUGUUUGCUGUGGACUGAGCAGCACAGAUCUACAUCUCCUGAGGUGGAUUCAGCGUCUGAGACUGUUCCUCUGUUAACGACACACCUGUCACCUGUGGAGCUUCAGUUACACCUGAGACGACAAAUGAAGACAAGGGAAUCUGCUGCACAUCAAACAACACACUGUUUUAAUGCUUCAGAUGUUACACUGUGUUUCUAUCAGAUUUUAUAUUUCUGCAGCGUACAGAAGCAAAAACACAACGUCACAGAGAGACGAGGAGAAAGGAGCUGAUUCAAUAAAAACACAGAGGUUAGACUGUUUCUCUGCUGAUCUCAGGUCAGAAUCACAGCCACAGUCUUCACAUCAGAUCAAUAAUUUAAGAUCCUAAACUUCACAGCUCAUUUAUUUCUGAAUCAGGUACAAAGUCUGAUUGAUGAGCUGAUUGAUGAGCUCUCAUUUCCUCCACCUUCACCUCAACUCUGAUUCUGUUUCAGCUCCAUCUGAGAAAACUGUCACAGCAGCAAUGAUGCAGGCUGAUUAACUUCAGGACACCAGCUCAUCAAUCAGUCAUCAAUCAGUCAUCAAUCAGUCAUCAAUCAGUCAUCAAUCAGUCAUCAAUCAGAUACAGAUUAAAUCACAUUAAACCCAGACAGAUCAAUAACAAUGAAGCUGUUAAUAAAAUAAUCUUUAAAUGGCA